AUGCAUAAGGUACCAAAAGCUCGGUACACGCGAUCCGAGAAUCAACCUCCCCCUUCAUACAUCGGAUUGAGACUCUACUUGGACACUAAUUCGCCUUUGGAUACUAUCACUAGUCUCAUUGAGUACGCACUUAACGCUGUCAAUUCUGGUGGAAAGACGUCGCUUGGUAUUCGAUGCAAAAAUGGUGUCGUAAUUGCCACGGAGAAGAAGCUUCCGACUAUAUUAGUGGAUGAAGAGUCGCACAAAAAGAUUGCAUUGUUGUCAGAACCCGCAGGUAUUGUAUACAGCGGUCUAGGCCCCGAUUAUCGCGUGCUUGUGCGUAAAGCUCGCAAGAAGGCGCAGACGUACUUUCAAAAGUACAAAGAGCAUGCACCUGCUAGCAUUUUAGUGCGUGAGAUUGCGGCUGUUAUGCAGGAAUUCACUCAAUCGGGUGGCGUGCGUCCUUUUGGCGUCUCCAUUCUAUACGCAGGUUACGAUGAUGAUGGUCCGCAAUUGUAUCAAAUUGAUCCAUCGGGAGCCUAUUUUGGCUGGAAAGCUACGGCCAUUGGCAAAGAUUCUGUCAGUGCCAAGACGUUUCUUGAACGGCGUUACAAUGACGAUUUAGAAAUUGAAGACGCAAUUCACACGGCGCUUUUGACACUUCGUGAAGGUUUUGAAGGCGAAAUGGACGAAACGAAUAUUGAAGUGGGCAUUAUUAAAGAAGACAAGAAGUUUCAGAUACUAACACCUGCGGAAGUGAAAGAUUACUUGGAGCAAGCGGAAUAA